AUGUCCCCUUCUGCUAUUACAGACUCCCCGCCACAGAACGCCGCGUACCCGGCAUCAACAGACCUCGGCGAUGGACUCGCAGUGCAGCACCCGCCGCCCAACUUCCAGGGCUACGACCACGUAACAUGGUGGGUGGGCAACGCCAAGCAGGCCGCCGCAUACUACACCACUCUCUUCGGCUUCAAAACCGUCGCGUACAAGGGCCUUGAGACGGGCAGCAGGUACAUCGCCUCGUACGCCGUCGCCAACAAGGGCGUACGCUUCGUCUUCACGUCCCCCGUGCGCUCUCUCGCCCAUCUACCCGAGGACGAUGCCAUCUCCGACGCGGAGCGCGAGCUCCUGCGCGAGAUUCACGCCCACCUCGAGAAGCACGGCGAUGCCGUCAAGGAUGUCGCCUUCGAGGUCGACAACGUUGAAGCCGUCUACGCCAAGGCCGUCCAGGGGGGCGCCAUCGCCGUUCAGCCGCCCGCCGUUAUCAAGGACAAGGAGCACGGCGACGUGCUGACGGCCGUCAUCCGCACCUACGGCGACACUACUCACACGCUCAUCGCCCGUGGCAGCUACCGCGGGCCCUUCCUCCCGGGCUUCCGCGCCGCCAAGCCCGCGACCGCCACCGUUACCCUCCCCAAUGUGCCCCUGGCCCGCAUCGACCACUGCGUCGGCAACCAGUCGUGGAACGAGAUGGUGGCCGCCUGCGCCUUUUAUGAACAGUGCCUGUCGUUCCACCGCUUCUGGUCUGUCGACGACUCGCAGAUUAGCACCGAGUUCUCGGCCCUCAACUCCAUCGUCAUGGCGUCCUCCAACAACCUCGUCAAGAUGCCCAUCAACGAACCCGCCCCGGGCAAGAAGAAGUCCCAGAUCGAGGAGUACGUCGUCUUCAACUCGGGCGCCGGCGUCCAGCAUAUCGCCCUGCUGACGCAUGACAUCAUCGCCACCGUCUCGGCCAUGCGCGCCCGCGGCGUCGAGUUUAUCGCCGUCCCCUCGACCUACUACGACACCAUGCGCCACCGCCUCAAGACGGAGAAGCGGAACUGGGAGCUCAAGGAGGACCUCGCCACCAUCGAGGCCCUGAACAUUCUCAUCGACUAUGACGAGCAGGGCUACCUGUUGCAGCUCUUUACCAAGCCGCUGAUGGACCGGCCGACUGUGUUUAUCGAGAUCAUUCAGCGCAACCACUUUGAGGGUUUCGGUGCUGGCAACUUCAAGAGCCUGUUUGAGGCCAUUGAGCGCGAGCAGGCCGAGCGGGGGAACUUGUAA